AAACAAACCGAAACAGUUGUCUGUGGACAUUUGAUCGUAACGGUUGUUUUUCAGAGAGUGGAUGUUACGUUGAAAAAAUUUGUCGAAAACGAAUUUGACAUUUGGCGUUAAAUAAAUAUUAAAACAAAAUAAAACCAACGUACUCAACAUCCCAGACUUGUUUUAACAAAAGAAAACCCCUGAGGCAAACCAAGUGUCUUCAAGAAAACAAAUAUUUAUUUUGUCUUUUCAUGGUGUGCAAAAAACAUUACUUUGUUUGAUUUUAAUAAAACAAACGAUUUGUUAUCAUUUAUAGAUUGCUUUUGCCACAACCAGUUGUGUUUAUCUACAAUUUUAACAAAGCCAAGUAUUAGAGCUGUCGCAUUUUGAUUGAUAACGUAUCGCGGGCCAUAGUUUCGUCAAAGAGCCGUGUUUAUUGGCAAUUUUUACCGCGUCGAAUAAAAUUUAAAAAAAGAGAAACACAGAGAAACAUUGAGCUGAGCUAAUUUUUACUUGACAUAUUCUGUGUCAUUCUACGGGUUUGUGUGUGUGUGUAUUUUGAAAAAUAUUGAUUUGUGGCAAAAUUACUUUGCUCAAAAUGCCGGUGAAAUCAUCUAAAGCAACACUGUAUAAAUUACUAGUUUUAUUCCUAGUAAUCUCUGCCGUUGAUCUGGGCCUUGCCGGUCCCACAUCGGCAGUUGUGAAAGAUGAUCCGAUUAAAGAGAGUCUGGAAGAACUUAAUGACUUGAAUGAAAGUUCCAUUUUGAGGGACUCUUCAUCGAUGUCCUCCCAACCUGCAUAUUCACAUCGUGACGAAGAUAUGUUACCAAAUCCCAAACUAACCACCGUCUUUGAGAAUUUCAAAUAUGAUGUUGAAAUUUUGGAAUCUGGCGAAGAUAAAAGUUCUGAGGUUUCCGAAAUUGAAGAACGCUAUAGGGGACCUUCGAUUGUCAUUAAUACCGAUGAAUUUAUUAAUGAAAAUAUCGAAAUGAAUGAAGCCGAUGAAGAAGAGAGAGCCGAUAAAAAAGCCCUGGCCACAAGUCAUUUAAUAUUGAGCAUCAUUUUGGUUGUACUGGCUUUAGUUUCCAUAGCCUUAUAUACGGCUGUUGUUAUAUGGCGUAAUCAUAUUGAACAACGUUAUGGCAUGCGCGAAUUACUAGUCACCAAUGAUAAUCAAGAUUAUUGGCCUCAACAUAUGACAGAUACAUCAGCAGCUGCUAUUCCACAGUCACAACAACAACCGCAGCAGCAUCCACAUUUGCCCCCUUCAUCCCCACAACAUCAAAGUGCAUAGAGCAAUCUUAGUAUUACAGCAAAAAAAAAAAAAAAAAAACAACAA